UCACAAUCACCCAUUCUAAGAGCGGGAAUUUUAAUUCCAGAAUCCAAACAGAAACCGAGUCUCAACUCCAAAAUUUUCUCGCGAAACAAUCAUUAAUCCUGUUCACCACCUUUCUCUGUCGUUGAAAAACUAGCUCUCCCAAUCGGCCCUCCCCCUCAUCUCUCUAGCCAGAGUUUCGAAUCUGGUUCCAAAUCCUCUGAAAUCGCAACUCCUUGUUUUAUUUUUUCCCUGGAAACAAACAGUAACCAACUAUGGCUGAACCUUUCUCUGAAGUCCUUCUCCCCCCAUCCGUCGAAUCGAUGCUCCAGAAAAUCUGUAUCGAACAAUGUCAAUCGCCUCCGGAUACUUCGGUCCGAAAACAGCUUGAAUUGCUCGGCGAAGAAGUGUCUCUUGAGAUCCUCGGAAAAAUCUCCACACAAAAAAUUUACAAAACGUUGAGCGGUUUCAUAAUGCAUUUAGCCAAGAACUACGCUAGAGCUCCUACUCAGCAAGGCAUUUAUCAAUCACCUCAUAAACGGAGCUCAGAUGAUUGCUAUAGUCCAGUGAAUUCACCAAAUGGUGUUGGUUCUCAUUCACAAGUCUCAAAGCGGCCGGUAUUCUCACCGAGUUCCGAGGGGGCAAGCACUCAGAAAUUGAGUCCUCAGUUGUUAGCCCUGAGUGAACUAGAGUUCAGGAAAGGAUUCUUGAUACUAAGUUACAUUGGGAGUAACAAGUUGGAGGACUUCAUGUCAGCCCAUGACAUUUCAAAUCUCAAAAAUCUUCCAAUGAGGAGUUUUGAGGCAAAAGUUUGGGAUGAUUAUGGUGAGCAGAUUAAACACUGCAGCGAUAAAGACCGGCCUAAGGUGACUCUUCGUUUGUUCUCGCCUGAUGGUUUUAUUUCUCAAUUUGAUGCCUUCAAGUUGAUAAGCUACCUAGAUAUAUCCUUAUUUUGUCCAGCAAACAGUCAGUCAAGAAUUCUCAGUCCAUUAGACUGACUCUCUCUCUCUCUCUCUCUCUCUCUCUC